CCGCCGUCGCGCCGCCCCGUCCCGCGCGGGGAGCAGCGCUCCGACCCGCCCCUGCGGCCGCCCGCGGCCCCCGCUCGCCUCGCCGUGCCUCCAGUCUCGUCUCGCCGGCUCUGUCGGGCUCUGUCCCUGGGUCCCUGGCCUCCCCUACCCGGGCCAGCCCGCACCGCUAGCUCCAGUGCUAGGAAGGGGCCGCUCAGGAGAGACCGACCUGCGGACCGACUGAUCCGGCGCCCCGGAGAGGAGCAGCCCGUCACAUGGACCCUCCAUCGCUGGACACAGCCAUCCAGCAUGCCCUGGCAGGCCUCUAUCCCCCUUUUGAAGCCACAGCGCCCACCAUCCUGGGGCAGGUGUUCCGUCUGCUGGAUUCUGAUUUCCAGGGGGAUGGGCUGAGAUUCCUCCUGGAUUUCCUUAUUCCUGCCAAGCGUGCGUGCGAGCAAGUGCGCGAAGCAGCCUGUGCCCCGUACUCACACUGCCUCUUCCUGCACGAGGGCUGGCCUCUGUGCCUGCGGGGUGAGGUCGUGGUGCACCUGGCCCCCCUCAGCCCCCUCUCACUGCGCCAAGGGGACUUCUACCUGCAGGUCGAGCCCCAGGAGGAGCAGUCUGUCUGCAUCAUGAUCAAGUGCCUCUCCUUGGACCUCCGCACGGUGGACACAAAGCCUGUCCCCGUGUCGUCCUACCCUAUACUUUUCACCCCAACAUGGCUGGAGGCCAUCAACAGCGACUUUGAGGGAAGCCCCUUACACAACUGCCUGGUCGCUUCGGAAGAUGGAAUUGCCUCUGUGCCCUGGACCAAGAUCACCAGCCCGGAGUUUGUGGAUGACAGACCCCAAGCUGUGAAUGUCCCCUCCCUGCCCUGGGGGUCCCUUCAGUUAGAGGCCCUCGAUUUGAGUCGCCCUCCAGAGCCGCACCAGCCCAGGUCCCCAGGCAGCCAGGUGCUGCUUGCCCGGAGCUUGGCCAAGGGCAAGGGCAGGACAUACGGGAACAAGUACCCAGGACUCAUCAAGGUGGAGCCAGCCAGGUCUGCGGGGGUGGCCUUUGGGAUGGACCAUGUGGCCAGCCAGGACUUGGAGGGAGACUAUGUGGCCCUCCUGGAGAGCAGAGGAAGAUCUCCCAGUAGGGAAGUGGAGACAUCCAGUGGCUGUCCUUUGGGGACACUGGAGGAACUAUCGAGAACUAAGGAAGUCCCUUUCUCUCAAACGCCACCUCUCUCAGGGACCAGUGGGGGACCCUCCUUGAAAAAACGGGCUUGUGAGAAGCCAGCAAGCUCAGAAGAGGAGCCCUGCAUUUUGGGCUUGAGGAGAAUGGUCAACCAUAAAGUUGACUCACCCACUCAUGACUCCGAACACCAGCCCCAAGAGCCCUACCUCACCGUCCUUGAGAAGCCACUGCCCUGUGCCUCUGGCCUCGUGGCAGGUGGUUCAGAGAAGCCAGCUUCUUCCAAGAUGCAGGGACUUCUGGGAAACCCAGAAAAUACGGUGCAGCCCAGGCCUGAACCAAAGCAAGCAUCCUCCCUGCACCUGUGCCCAGCUUCCCCUCCUGAAGCUCCGGCCCCUGAAACCAAGAUGGAAGAGAGACCCAAACUGGGACAUGGGAAACCUCCCAAACCUGGGACUGGCCCCAGUCAGAACACCUCCUCUUCCAGAUCCCCCACUCCUGGGCUCAGAUUCUCCUUCUUGAAAGGGCAAAGGCAAGCCCCGAGGCCUCCAGAGAAAGCCUCAUUCCAGCAGGACAGGCCCUGGAAAGUCUUGUGUUCGCUCUAUUCUCCCAAACCCCACCGAGCCAAGUGCUUGGGGAAAGCUGGAACAACUCAGACCAAAACAUCUGGCCCAGCCGCUGACUCAGGCCCACUGACCGGGGAAAAGGCUGGCUUCCCAGAAGGCCCUCCUGAAAGAGGCCCCACUCUGGACGAGGAGGCCCCAGGCCCUGAGCCCAGGAUGGGGGCUCUGAGUGUGGAGAUCUUCAAGUCAAGGAUAGCAUGCCUGCCAGGAGGUCGGGACAGGGCAGGGAGGCCCCUGAUCCUGGUGUCAGCCACCGAGGGGGCCUGGGAGGCACCGUGGUGCACAGCCUCAGAGGUCACCAAGCUGCUGUCCUACCUGUGCACUGUCCCCAGGCCUGAAGAUAAAACCAACGGGCUGGCGGUUGUGAUUGAUGCCAGGAAAAAGCCCCCACACCCUGGUCUGCUCAGUGCCCUGCAGGCCACCCAGGCUCUGGCCCCAGCCUCCAUCCGUGCCGUGCUCUACCUGGGGGACAAGGAGGCUGCUCCCCAGCUGGAGACGCUACCCGACAUCCAGGUAGAGGUGGUGACCUCCCUGAAGGCUCUCAGCCAGCACGUGGACCUCAGCCAGCUGCCCCCGGCCCUGGAAGGCCCCCUCCCCUACUGCCACAGCGAGUGGGUGCAAUUCUUCCAGAAGGUGGACCCUUUCCUUGCUGACCUCCGCCGGGCCUCUGCCUUGCUAAAGGCUUCCAUCAAGCAGUUUGAGAAGAGCGACCCCCCUGGAGGGGUUCAGGAGGCCUCUAGGUGUCUGAGCAAGUCCAAGGAGCUGAUGGAGGCCAUGCUGAGGGACCCAGGCCUCCUGGGCCUCCAGCGGGAAGGGGGAGCCACUCUGGCCAGGCUGCGGCAGGAAGCUGGUAGGCUGGACUUCAACCCCGAUGUCAGGAGCCAUCUGGCCGAAGCUGUCGCCCUAUAUGGCCUCGUGGGUGAGCAGCUGCAUGUCCUGGUCACUGCAUCUAACCACCUCCUGGGAAGGCUGGAGCUCCGCAUCCGCCUGGGCCGCCUGGAAGCUGCCAUCCACCAGGUCAGCAACUGGAUGGAGCAGGAGGGGAGCCGGUGCCUGCAAGUGCUGACCCCCAAAGACAGAAGCUUGGAGACUGUGGAGAAGGUGCAUGCAGAGUUUGAGGACUUCUUCCUUCAGGCUGCAGCCCAGUACCGCCACGGCCUGGAGCUGUCCAAGCAGGCCACGCAGCUGGCCGCCGCCGCAGGGGGAGCCAGCCAGGCAGGGGCCGCGGAGUUCCCGGGACUGGCAGCCUUGGCCUCUACUCAGCGGGCCUUCCAGGCUAAGCUGACCCACUUCUACAUGGCGGCUGAGCGGCAGCGCACAGACCUGGAGACGCUGUUCCACCUGCAACGCUUCUGCAGGAAGAUGAGCUGGUUUCACAUGGACUGUCAGGACCUGAUGAGGCAGCUCAGGCUGGGCAAGGCACAGAGGGCCAGCCCUGGGGCCCAGCGCCGUCUCCACCGCCACCUGCAGCGACUGGCGUUGGAGUUCCCAGCAGAGAAGCUCGAGGCCAUGGGGCUUCAGGUGGCCUCUCUGAGCCAGGAGGGCCUGGGCCAGGACCUGUGGCAGGAGGCCCGGGUGAAACACGCGGAGAUCCAGACCCUCCUGAAGAAGGCACUGGCACACUGCCCGUGCCCAGCGGGGCCCACGGCGCACACAGCACCCCUGGAGCUCAGAAGGGCAGAUGCCAAGGGCCAGGGUCUCAAUGGCGAUGUCACUUCCAGGGGAAGGCGGGGCCUGCUUCUCCAGGACUCACUGGGCCUGGAUGGUUCACCAAAUCCCGGUUGGCCUCGGUCCCCCAGAGAGGGGCAGAACAGAAAUUUGCAGGCAGGCCUUCUGGCCGAGGAAGCUGGCCAGGCCGUAGAGGCUGGUGAAGGCCAAGGCCCCCAUGAGCCAUUUCCACUUCCAGCCCCUGAGCGCUUCCGUGACCCCCUCUUCUCCUGGCAGCGACUCCCCAGGCAGAGUCAGACACCUCGUGCCCCUGGGGGCAGCUUCUCUUCAGAGGGGACAGACUCACAGACGUCUCUGGAGGACUCACCCCAGAGGAGUCCCCCGGCCUCCCUCUAGCUAGGACCCCCACCACUGGCACCGGGCUCCAGGGGGUGGCUGGGGAGGGGCCCAGCGACAGUGGGGAGCGGGGUGGGGGCCCUGACUGAUCCCACCUGGACAUGGUUCCUGAGCACUCACUGUAUGUUUGGCCCAUGCUAGGAGAGGGCAAGAACCUACACCUGCUCCCAGCUCCAGAAAACUCUAGAAGACCUGACUCACAAUCGGACUAGUGAGUAUGGAGGGCAAGGCAGGGACUGACUCCACAACCCCCGCGUCCCAUCGUGGAGAGAGUUGUUGGUACAGAACCUUCCAGAGGUCUCAGGCUUAGGCAAGCCAGAUGCCCACCUGGAGUUCUGGGGUAUGUAAGCUACCCCUUGAGGCCCAUGGGGCAUAGUUGCCACGAGUGGGAGGAUUCGGGGGCGGCUUCUUAUCCGUGCCUGUUUGUUUGGCGGUGAUUUCAGGAUCCCUUGCUGCAGGAGUAGGGAGGUGAGCGUGGGAAGGGAAUAAAGGGCGUGGUGUCUAGUAAAUCACCGCAUGUGGGCUGUUUACUCUCGGCGCCCGCCAGCCUCGGGCAAAGGGAGUCAUCUGCUGGAAGGCAGUUCCUGCACCCCAAGCAGUACGGGCAGGGAAUGAAUGCCCUCUCGCUGUCUCACCGGCUGCUCCCACACUCCAGGAGCCCCACAGGGUCCUGUCCCCUCUGGGCACUCCAGAGAGAACCCCCUCCCCCUCUGAUGUUCUGUCGUCUUCUCUCCCCGCACAUCUCAGACUCUAUGACUUCUGCUCCCCCCACCCCAGGGCCCCAUCUCUUUAGUCGCAGCUUCUGGUCCCCAGCGUCUUAGGCUUCUGCUGGUGGUUGGGGUUGGAUGACAACGGGGAGCCACAUCCCCCUCCAGCAGGGGGACGGGGUGGGAAGGCCCUGACACCUCAGAUCUCAGAGUGAAGCGGGAGAGUUCCUGACUCGCAGAGCCGAAGAAUGGGUCUCGUGGACGAAGGGGAGUGAGUAAAGCGGUUGAGUUUUAUUAAGCCGGAAUACAGAGACAGCUCUCAGGAAUGCGAGGGGUCCCGACAGCGGCGCCAACGUGGGCCUCCACUGACAGUCUCUUCUUUAGGCCCGAUCAGGGAGCCUGUGGCCUUACCACUCUCGUGAUGUCUUGGCCUGAGUAAGGACUGGUGAUAACAUCUCUAAUGGCUCACUUCUUCAGGCUCUGAUCAUUCUUUUUUGGUCACAAUGUGACUGUCAUAAAAAGACCCCCACCUCUGAGGCCCAGGGCAGGGUAGUCUGGUUUGUUCCCUUAUUUCUGGUUUUGUUAGGCCUCACAUUUCUGGGAUUUCUGUGAGCCCGGUCACGUAGCUCCCUCCUAUCUCUCUCUACCUGGCCCUGUCUGUCCCUUCUAGAGUAUCUUUCACAUCACCCAGAGUCCCCCCUGCUAGCACCUCCCCUGAACAUCAUUAUGCUGGGAAAGGGUGAGGCCCUGUCUCCACCUAGGAUGCGUAGAAAAGGUGGCCUCUGGCUGCCUGGCCCUGGAAUUUUCCUGGCUCCGGGCAGAGGGUGGAGCACUGAGCCCAACUCUGGAAAGAGAGGGAGGCGGGACUAAGGUGUGCCUAGGGAGGACGAGGCAAGUGUUCGAGAGACAGCUCAGCAGAGAAAACAACACAAACCUCAAUGCCCCAGAUGGCUUCGAGAAUCUUCUAGGACUUAAGAUUUCUUCAGGUGUGGUCUGUGGCCUGUGUGCCUCAGAACCAUAAGCAGAGCUGAUCAAAGGCAGCUUCCCAGGGGGUCCCACCCAGAUAAUUAAAAUCAGGUCCUGGGAGCCAGGGCCUGGCUGGAAUCUGCCUUUGUGUUGAUCUUGUGACGCAGUGAGGUGGUAACACUUGGGGCUGGGGUCUGAGCUGGCCCCCCAGCCCAGGCCAGCCCUCAUUCUUGUGUUCCACUCUCCUGCCUUCUGUCCAGACUGGCCUGAGGAUGCAAGAGGUGGUUGAUAAGCCCACCUCCAUCCAUGCCUGUCGCCUCAGAGGGGGGCCAAGGGCUCUAAAAAUGCUGUUGCCAUAGCAACAGCAUCCAACCAGUGGGGACCACAGGCAGGGAGCCAGGGCACCUGGGGUGCAAGGAUGGAAACUAACUUCGGAGAGACAGACAAUACACACUGCAAGGGAGGAAGGGGGAUGAGGAGGGGGAUGGAGGGUCCUGGAAUCCUUGGAAGGGAGGGCUCCCCAAAGCCAUCCUGUGGAUUUCUCUGUCUCUAAAAAGAGCCAAACCCCAAUACUCUGUCUACUCACAGCAGCACAUGGGGGAGAGAGGAUGCAGAAAUGAAAUCUAAUGAUGAAUAGUAAUAUAUAAAAAGAAUAAUA